GUCUCUCUUCAGUUCAGGCCGUGGGCCGGGGCCUGGGGUUGAGAAGCCCUGACAGACAGCCCAUCUACCAGUACUUCGUCGUCUCUAGUCACCAAAAGCCAGGAGGGGGGGAGGCCACCGUCUCACCCACCGGCGGAGAUGAGUGGUGGUGGCGCGAAGAGGGUUCUCGAGGCGUGGAAGCUCGGGGUGGUCAAGUACGGCGACGCCCUGAGGCUCCAGGAGAGGCUCGUCGCCGACCGGAGAGCCGGCCGCAUCCCGGACCUCGUGCUGUCGCUGCAGCACCCGCCGACCUACACCCUCGGCAAGCGGCGCACGGACCACAACCUGCUCGUGCCGGAGUCCAGCCUCGGGGGCCUCGGCGCCGAGCUCCACCGCACGGAGCGGGGCGGCGACGUCACCUUCCACGGACCGCGCCAGGCCGUGCUCUACCCCAUCCUCUCGCUCCGGGACAUCGGGCUAGGCGCGCGGAGGUACGUCGAAGGGCUCGAGUCCGCCAUGAUCGAGGUGGCGUCGCUGUACGGCAUCAAGGCGCGGCCGGGGGGCGCCUGCGAGACCGGCGUGUGGGUCGGGGACAGGAAGAUUGGGGCCAUCGGGGUCAGGAUCUCGUCCGGGUUUACCUCCCAUGGCCUGGCGUUCAAUAUCGAUCCCGAUUUGGGCUACUUCAAACACAUUGUGCCCUGCGGUAUUGCCGACAAGGAGGUCACGUCGCUGCGGCGGGAGGCGGCAGUGGAACUCCCUCCCGACGAGGUGAUCCAUGACCAGCUCGUGCAGAGCUUGGCGAGAACCUUCUACUUCAGUGAUGUUAAACUCAAGGAUGAUUCAGAGUGUGCAGAGAUGAUGUGCUCAGCUGCAACCUCCCAAUCAUGAUACAUGUUUUACUCUGUAUACCAGGGUUUCUUCUCAACACAUUGUUAUGAAAUUUUGGAACAACAUUGGUGGUCUGAUAUUGUCCAUCUCUAACAAUUGUGAUUCCCAUGCUAUAGGCAAGAGCUAACACCUGAACCAGCCUAUUGGUUUCUUAUUGGUAUGCUUUACAACAUCCUGCUUCGUGGAGUGCGUGGAUAACAAUGUUGUAUAAAUGUAUGGUGGACGCCAUGUCAUCAAAUUUGGAAUACCAAUUGGAAGAAUUUGUCUGUUUA